CUCACUCUUCGACUACCUGUUCCCUCCCUAACUCACCUAUCGUAUCCUCUUUUCCACCAUGGCCAAAUACGACAGCAGCUAGCCCGCCCAGUGCGACGGGAACUCAGUCGACCCGAACCUCGGCCUUUGGUUUUAUCUGUAGAUGAUCUUGUAGCUAUAUCCAGGAAAACAACCUCUCCCGCCCUCGUUGCGGCGGUCGCGGCACCAUGCCGACCUCACAACUGCGGAAAGCCGCUCGCAUCAUUCUUAUCGGAGCUCCGGGCGUGGGCAAGGGCACACAGACCGAGCGUCUGCUCAAGCGGUUCCCUCAAUUAUCGUCAAUCAGCUCAGGCGAUCUCCUCAGAGACAAUGUUCGCAACAGAACUCCGUUGGGCAUCCAAGCCGAAUCCCUCAUGAACCGCGGCGCCCUCGUCCCAGACAGCAUGAUCCUCCGCCUGAUCCGCAACUCCCUCAUAACCAAAGGCUGGCUCUACCGCUACUCUGAACACCCCGACGCCUCCUUCAUCCUCGACGGCUUCCCACGCAACGCCGUGCAAGCCUCCCAACUCGAACAGAUGAUCCCGAUCAAUCUGGCGAUACAGAUCCACACGCCGGUGGAAAUCAUUCUGGACCGCAUUGGGAAUCGAUGGGUGCAUCCGGCGAGUGGAAGGGUGUACAACACGACGUUCAACGCGCCGAAGGAGGAGGGGAAAGACGAUGUCACGGGGGAGAGGCUGAUUCAACGCGACGACGACAAACCUGAAGUGUGGAGGGAAAGGCUGAAGACGUUUGAUGAUAGCGUGAGGGAUUUGCUGGGACAUUAUCAGAGGAGAGGAGUGUUGAUCAAGGUAGAGGGUGGGAGCUCGGAUGAAAUUUCGCCGAAGAUAUUUGAGGAGUUUGAGAGGAGGUUUGGGGUGUGA